GUCAACUCCGUUUACUAUAAAUAUGUUUACUUUGAUCUGCUUCUCCGAUCGUUGAUAUAACUACCUUCCUUUCUUCGAAUGGGUUCAGUUACCGUUAGUAACAAAAAGCCUCAAACAACUUCCCUCAACAACUAUAACAACCUCGCAACCGCUCCCGCCGCGAACAAAACAGAAUCUGUUACGACCAAUAAUAACUGUAACGGGUGGAUCGGUGGCGAGGGAGCAUCAGCGAUGACGUCAGCUCCCAAUCCCAAGCCUAAGAUAGUUUACGGCACUGCAGGUUACAUCCUCGAAGACGUUCCGCAUUUCACUGAUUAUAUUUCUGAUCUUCCAACAUACCCGAAUCCUUUGCAAGACAACCCUGCUUACUCUGUAGUUAAGCAAUAUUUCGUGCAUGUCGAUGACAGUGUUCCGCAGAAGGUUGUUGUUCACAAAGAUAGUGAACGAGGAGUGCAUUUUAGGCGUGCCGGACCUAGGCAAAAGGUGUAUUUCGAGUCGGAUGAAGUCAAGGCCGCUAUUGUCACUUGCGGGGGACUAUGCCCUGGUCUCAACACUGUCAUUAGAGAGCUAGUGUGUGGCUUACACCAUAUGUAUGGUGUGAAGAGUGUACUUGGAAUUGAAGGAGGAUACAGGGGUUUCUAUGCUCGCAAUACAAUUAAUUUAACUCCUAAAUGUGUUAAUGAUAUACACAAGCGUGGUGGAACUGUUCUUGGUACAUCCCGUGGCGGACAUGAUACCAAUAAGAUAGUUGACAGUAUACAAGAUCGUGGAAUCAAUCAGGUUUACAUUAUUGGAGGAGAUGGAACUCAGAGGGGUGCAGCUGCAAUUUUUGAGGAAGUUAGAAGGCGUGGUCUCAAAGUUGCAGUUGUAGGAAUCCCCAAGACUAUAGAUAAUGAUAUCCCGGUUAUUGACAAGUCCUUUGGCUUCGACACUGCCGUUGAAGAGGCUCAACGAGCUAUAAAUGCAGCACAUGUGGAAGCUGAGAGUGUUGAGAACGGUAUAGGGGUUGUCAAGCUGAUGGGUCGCUAUAGUGGAUUUAUCGCAAUGUAUGCUACUCUUGCGAGUAGAGAUGUUGACUGCUGCUUGAUUCCAGAGUCACCAUUCUACCUUGAGGGUCCUGGUGGACUUUUUGAAUAUAUAGAGAAACGACUUAAAGAAAAUGGGCACAUGGUUAUUGUUAUUGCCGAAGGUGCAGGACAGGAACUUAUGUCUGAGAAAAUGCAAACCAUGAACAAACAGGAUGCUUCAGGAAACAAGCUUCUUCAAGAUGUUGGGUUGUGGAUAUCCCAAGAGAUUAAGGAUCAUUUUGCAAGAGAGAAGACGAUGGCCAUAACUCUCAAAUAUAUAGAUCCAACUUACAUGAUUCGAGCCAUUCCAAGCAAUGCUUCUGAUAAUGUGUACUGCACACUUCUCGCUCAAAGUGCUGUUCAUGGAGCAAUGGCAGGUUACACUGGCUAUACAAGUGGACUUGUCAAUGGAAGACAAACUUAUAUACCCUUCUAUAGAAUCAAUGAGAACCGGAAUCAUGUAGUGAUAACUGAUAGAAUGUGGGCUAGGCUGUUAUCUUCGACGAAUCAACCCAGCUUUUUGGGCGACAAGUGUCACAACAAAGACAACGUUGAAGAAGAAGAACCAUUAAACCAGUUGCCAAAUGGAGAUCUUUCAGAUGAUACCUUGAAGGUGAACAUCACAUGCUGCAAAGGUGGUUGGCAAACUCGUGGAAGAAAGGGGAACAAGAAAAGAAAAAAGGGUCAUGAUGAAUAGAUAUGAUACGUGAACGUGAUUAUUGCUGUUUGAAUUCAACUGAUGAUGUUUGCAGAAGGGUCUAGCUUUGGAAGUUUGAGAGUUCUAGAAAAUAGAAAACGUGUAUGAUAAUGAUCCCCCAUCCUUGUGCACCAUCGCAUGGGAAACUUGUAAAACUUGCACAUGACAUGAUGAUACCCGGCGGCACCGGAUUAGAUGGCGCAAUAUGUUUUAGACCAUU